AUGGGUGUCCGAACUCGACGUGCCAAAUCCCCCAAGCAAAACGGGACCUCGCUCUCCAUCUCCACGCCAGGAGACGAGGCGAACGGCCACGCCAACGGCAACGGAAACGGCAAGAUGAGCAACAUCGAAUAUCGACGCAAGGGCGCCGCACAGCACGACUCGGAUACGGUCACGGCGAACCUCAUGGCGCGAGAUUCUUUCAGUCUGGAUGACGCUGUGCCGAAGACGCCGACGGUGAACAACCAUGGCUUCUGGGACCUUCCGAUACACGACCAGAGGAAUUUUGGUCUGCUAGUACUGCUGUACUUCCUCCAAGGUGUACCGCUGGGAUUGGCGACCGGCUCUGUACCAUUUUUACUUAAGAAUCAUAUGUCUUACGGCGAGAUUGGAGUCUUCAGUCUGGCUUCAUACCCUUACUCAUUAAAACUUCUAUGGAGUCCCAUUGUGGAUGCGAUAUGGAGCCCCAAGGUCGGUCGACGGAAGAGUUGGAUUUUGCCAAUUCAAUUCCUCUCUGGUAUCGGGAUGCUCUACCUGGGGUCUGUGGUAGAGGGUAUGAUGGCUGCUGUAGGCAAGCCGGGUGGACCAACAGUGUGGAACUUUACGGGCUGGUGGUUCUUCCUGGUGCUCAUGUGCGCCACUCAGGAUAUCGCGGUCGAUGGCUGGGCUCUUACUCUUUUGACUCCGGGUAACAUUUCCUAUGCUUCCACCGCGCAGACUGUUGGCCUGACUGCUGGUCAAUUCCUCUCGUAUACCAUCUUCUUGGCUUUCAACUCGAAAGACUUUGCGAAUCGCUAUUUCCGCACUGAACCCUUGGAUUACGGUCUGAUCAGCCUGGGUGGAUACCUGACCUUUGCAGGCUGGGCGUACAUCGUCGUGACGAUCGGUUUGGCGAUCAUGAAGCGUGAGGAAAAGACUCGAAACGAAGACGGUAUCUGGGAUGUGUACAAGAUCAUGUGGGGCGUCUUGAAGUUGAAGAACAUUCAAACCAUCAUCAUCGUGCAUCUUAUUGCAAAGAUCGGCUUCCAGGCAAACGACGGCGUUACAAAUCUCAAACUUCUCGACAAGGGCUUUGGCACGGAUAACAUGGCGCUGACGGUUCUCAUCGACUUUCCCUUCGAGAUGAGUUUGGGUUACUAUGCGGGCAAAUGGUCGCAGCAGUACACGCCCAUGCGGCUAUGGUGCUGGGGCUUUGCAGGACGGCUGGUAGCGGCGCUCUUUGCUCAGUUCACGGUCAUCAUCUUCCCCGCUGAAGGUGUGACGCCGUGGUAUCUGGUGGUGGUUAUUCUCGAGCACAUCUUCUCCACCUUCAUGAACACGGUCAUGUUCGUCGCCGUGGCGGCUUUCCACGCUAGGAUUGCAGAUCCCGUCAUUGGUGGCACCUACAUGACCUUGCUUGCAACCGUCUCCAAUCUUGGCGGUACUUUCCCGCGGUUCUUUGUGCUGAAAAUGGUGGACGCUUUCACAGCAGCGACCUGCCACCCUGGCAAACCGGAUCCCGCAAAGGAGCUGACUGCGCCCCUUGUAACAGAGGCAUUCUCUUGCGCCAUUCAGGCUGACAAGGAGAGAUGUAUAAACGGAGGCGGGACAUGCGAGACGAUUCGGGACGGGUACUACACCGUCAACAUCAUCUGCGUUCUCAUUGGCGUUGUGACCUUCCUGAUGUUCAUCAAGCCGAAGGUGCUACAACUACAAAGUCUGCCCCUGAGGGCAUGGAGGUUAUCAGGGGCCAAGUAA